ACCCCAUAAUCACUCAUGCGGAUAUUGAUUGACAGAUCCAUUUGUAAACACACGCGUUUCUGGCUUUGACGUUUUUUGUCGAAGUUUUGCUAUAAAGACAGCGUUUUAUCUACAAUCGCAGUUAAUGUCGAGGUAAAUUUGUAGAUACAAGGAUAUAUCGUCUCUAAGGAAACCUAAUAUGGCGAAUAUUAACCCUCCUUCAAAAGAACAACUUGAUUUCUUCAGCAAAACUGUGACAGUCUCGAAAGAGGAUGAAAAAGUGAAAGAGACAGAAGAUGAAAAAAAAUUAGCAGAAGAAAUUAAAAUUGAAGAAAAACGCAAAAAUAUGGAUCCUAAACAUCUUGAAUUAUUUGAAGCAAUAGAUAAAGGUAAUAUUGAAACUGUAAAAAGGCUAAUCACAGAAGAAAAAGUUCCAACGAAUAUUAUGGACGAGCACGAUAUGUCUCCCCUACUCCAAGCAUCUUACAAAGGACAUUUGGAAAUAGCUGAAAUCUUGCUUCAGAAUGGGGCGGAUGUGAAUGCUACUAGUCAUACUAACUUCUACACACCGCUUAUGAUGGCUGCGAUAUCAGGCAAGCAAGAAACAGUCAAACUUCUCCUCGAUGCAGGAGCCAGCGUCACCAAACUUAACUCAAUAGAAAAGACUGCUUCAGAUCUGGCAGGGUUCGUGGGCCAGCAUGAAGUCUCAACACUCAUUCGUAACUAUCUCACGUUGGAUCGAUUAGAACCGUACUUCACGCCACAAGGAGACCAACCCGCUCGAAUCACUGAAUCACUUGCCAAAGCUCUUCAGGAAAUCGUCAUGGCUACGAACUUUCACCCCGUAAAGAUUGUGAUAACAGUCAACGAAAACUCCGAACUCGGUACCGUUGAAAAUUUGAAGAAAUGUUCUAAUGUUAUGGAUGACCUAUGUGGAAAAUGCGUCAGAGCAAAGCAUGAUUUUGACGAAGUUUUAGCUUUGAAGCUUCACCAUGUCUCCUCCACACUGCAACUAUGCAAAGAACAACUUUCUAAAGAGGACGGCGAUUUGAAAGUUUUACUCAAACAACUACUGAAGGAAAACGACAUUGGCAUCAAACUAGGAUGUGAAAAAUUGAUCCGACAAUCAUUAUUGAAGUUUCCCUACACAGAUUUACCGCUACUGGAAUAUCUUGUCAAAGCGCUGGCACCUACAAAAAUGGGUGAAGAGCCCUCAGCAUUAGGUAGUAUGCAGACGGUAUUCAACGGCAUGCAGUCAAUGCGAGGGGUAGAUAGUUGGUGUGCAGCUUGUGGUGAAAGGAAAACGGAUUUAAGAUGCAGCGCUUGUAAACAGAUUCGGUACUGCAGUCAGCGUUGCCAGAAACUACAUUGGUUUGUUCAUAAAAAGAAAUGUGUCAAGUCAGCAAAAAAAUAAUGAUGAAUUAGCAAAAAAUAAACAUGAGUCAGCGAAUAAACAAUGAUGAAUCAGCAAAAAAUAACCAUGAGUCAGCAAAUAACUAAUGGUGAAUCAGCUAAUAAAUCUGUUACUGAAUAAUUUCCCUUGAGAGUUGAUCACGAUUGAAAAUGGAUCAGUAUCCAAUCUUAAGCUCAUAAAAAUUGGUAUAGCUGUGUUUCUUUUAAUAUAUCGAUGACGUCAUUACCUUUGACUUCAUCAUUUUUUAUUGCUCUUUAUAAAUUUAUCGCAUUUGCAUUUACCGUAACAGCUUUUUACAUUUCAAAAAGGGGGUUCAGAUCCUCAACCCCUCUCCAUUACCAUGAGGGAGUCGUAACUGAACUCCUCAUUUUUAAAAUCCGUGUGGCAUUUCAAUACUAAAUGUUACAAAUUAGUCGACACUCAGGUAACAGCUGCUAGAUUUUCAUAAAUUUAUUUGGUAGUCGGGGAAAAAUGUGGAGGGUACAUCUGAGGUAGUACGAAAAUGUAUUCAUUCGUGUGAUUUUUCUGUGAGCGAUAAGUUACAAAUAGUGAUAAUGUGAUCUUAUGAUAAUGUGGGAGACACUUUGUAUUUUUUUUUUCAUUGGGGGGUGGGGUAUUAGCACACGCCCCCUGACUGGUGCUUUGAGUGUUUCCAACUUUGAUAUUGAUUGCCAAUACAGCCAACUAUAGCUGGAAUUGAUCCUUUUUCGUUAUCUUUUGUGUCGUCAGUAUGGUCUGAAAUUUUAUAGCUUUUAUGAUGUCAAUCAUGUCUUGUUUGGAAUAAAGUUUUUGGUUACAUGUUA